GAUAGGAGGCUCGGGAGGUGACGUAACUUUCCGGUUUCCUUGGCCUUCCGCUCGCUCUGCUGUCAGGAGGGAGCUCGGGGAGCAUGUGACGUAGCUCCCCGGUACCUCGGCUCUAGGAAAUAAGAUGAGGUCGGUGAGCUAUGUGCAACGUGUGGCCUUGGAGUUUAGCGGGAGUCUCUUUCCGCACGCAAUCUGCCUCGGAGAUGUUGACAACGAUACAUUAAAUGAACUUGUGGUGGGAGACACCAGCGGGAAGCUGUCUGUGUACAAGAAUGAUGACAGCCGGCCAUGGCUCACCUGUUCCUGCCAGGGAAUGCUGACCUGCGUUGGGGUUGGAGAUGUAUGUAAUAAAGGAAAGAACCUGGUGGUGGCGAUAAGUGCUGAAGGCUGGUUUCACUUAUUUGACCUGACACCUGCCAAAGCCCUGGAUGCUUCUGGGCACCACGACACACUAACAGGAGAGGAGCAGCGUCCGGUCUUCAAGCAGCACAUCCCCGCCAACACCAAGGUCAUGCUGAUCAGCGACAUCGAUGGAGAUGGAUGCUGCGAGCUGGUGAUAGGCUACACAGACCGCGUUGUGAGGGCUUUCCGUUGGGAAGAUCUGGGUGAGAGUGCUGAGCAUCUGACAGGACAGUUGGUAUCCCUCAAGAAAUGGAUGCUGGAGGGUCAGGUGGACAGUCUCUCAGUGACACCAGGGCCCAUGGGUAUUCCUGAACUGAUGGUAUCUCAGCCAGGCUGUGCUUACGCAAUUCUACGCUGCACCUGGAACAAAGACACCGAAUCCCCACCUGCCUCUGAGGGGACCACGGAGGGUAAUAGGGAGCCCCCUGCUGCCCGAGACGUAGUACUGCAUCAGACGUCUGGCCGCAUCCACAACAAGAAUGUGUCCACUCACCUCAUUGGCAGCAUCAAGCAAGGGCACAGCUCGGAGAGCCUCGGCUCUGGCCUCUUUGCCCUCUGCACCCUGGAUGGAACGCUGAAGCUUAUGGAGGAAGCAGACAAGCUAUUAUGGUCAGUGCAGGUGGAUCACCAGCUUUUCGCCUUAGAGAAAUUAGAUGUCACGGGUAAUGGACAUGAGGAGGUGGUUGCAUGUGCCUGGGAUGGACAGACAUAUAUUAUUGAUCAUAACCGCACUGUGGUUCGCUUCCAAGUGGAUGAGAAUAUCCGAGCCUUCUGUGCAGGCAUGUAUGCCUGCAAAGAGGGCCGCAACAGCCCCUGCCUCGUGUAUGUCACGUUCAACCAGAAGAUCUAUGUGUACUGGGAGGUGCAGCUGGAGCGGAUGGAGUCUACCAAUCUCCUGAAACUGCUAGAGGCUGAGCCAGAGUACCGGAGCCUGCUGCAGGAGCUGGGCGUGGAUCCCGAUGACCUCCGUGCAGUCUGCGCCUUGCUUCACCAGACUUUCUACCAUCCUGACCAGGCACAGCAGUGUGCUCCCUUCAGCCCCUGCGAUCCCACCUAG